ACCCGAUCUGACUCCCAUCGAACUCCUAAGAAAUCUUUGCGUUCGGUGUGUGGCGCGCGUGCUUAACUUUGUCUAAGUGCUGCGCCUAAAAUAAACUUCGAAGGAGAAGGAAAGAAAGAAGAGGUUGCUAGGCAGUCAGUCAGUCUUGUGGUAGCAAAGAAGAACUAUGGAGGCCCCCAAGGUAACGCUCGGUAGUGGUUCGACGGAACUUUCGGUGCUUUAUUACGGUUUCGUAUCAUUAGUGAUCGCGCUUUUAGUUAAAGUUGUCGUGAACAAGUUGGGACGAUCCGAUGAUGGGGAUGACAGGAAUGCAGAAGAAGCAGCCACCUCACCAACCGUCGAAUCCCCCAAAACGGAGGAACCGAAAUCAGCAGAGGAACCACCAAAGGCCGCGGAACCCGUACUAACCAAUGGUGACGCGAGCCCCGCAGAAGUACCCACUAAACCCUCCGUUGAAGAACCCAAACCCGUCGUGGAGGAACCCCCCAAGGACGAACCUAAGGAAGAGACCAAGGAAGAAUCCAAAGCAGAAGAACCAGAGGCCAAGGUAGAAGAGAAACCAGUCACCAAGGAGGUGACCAAAGAGGUGCGUAGCGAUGAGGAAGUUCCCCCACCCUUGCCCUCCUCUAACCCACCUAACCCGGUGGCGGUAUUCGCUGAAUCCACUAAAGCAGAUCAAUUUUCUGCACAAGAAUGUACUGAUACUCCCCCUGUUACUCCCGCUUCUCCUCAGAGCACCCCCCUCCCUGAACCCAAGACUGAAGAACCGCCAAAGACUGAUACACACCUUGCUGGUGAAGUGUGCCAAAAACCACCAGAAGUUCCUCCAAAAGAGGAACCAGCAGUACCAAAAGAAGUUCCACAGGUACCAGAUUCUUUAGAGACACCAAAGGACAUUCUACAGGUAUCAAAAGAGGUUUUAGAGAUACCAAAACAGGUAGAUGCUCCCAAAGAGGUUGAAGAUGUGUCAAAGGAAAUAGAAGGUCCAGACGUACCAGUAGAGGUUGCAGAGACAGCUUCUAUUGAGGCAGCAGAAACAAUUCCAAAGCCAUUAGAGAGUUUAGAACCUUCAAAAGAAAGUGUGAGUAUUGCAGAAGAGAGAAUAGAGCCUUCAGAGUCUGGAGAAGUGUCACAGUCUUCAAAUGGUACAGUAGCAGCUCCAGUUGACGUUCCAGAGGUUGCUAAGGACACGACAGAAACACCAAAAGAAACUGUUGAGGCAGCUGAGGUUGCAGAAGUGCCAAAAGAAGUUGUCGAGGCUCCUAAAGAAAUAUCAAAGGUUACAGAAGUACCAAAAGAAACUUUAGAGACACAAAAGGAGAUUGUAGAUGUACCCAAAGCGGCGGAAGAGGUUACAGAGACUCCAAAAGAGGUUCUAGAGGCAUCUAAAGAGGUUGUAGAUGUAUCAAAAGAGACUCCAGAAGUUACGGAAACACCAUUAGAGACUCCAGUACUUACAGAAGUACCAAAAGAGACAUUAAAAGCAUCCAAGGACAUCGUUGAAUCACCAGAAGUACCAGAGGUAUGCACGAACGGUAGUGUUGAGAGUACCAAAGUAGAACAAAAUGGUGGUUCUCCUGUCAGGUGUGACUCAUUGCCUGAUGUUUCAACAGAAUCGUUGCCUUCUCUGCCUGAACCGAUGUUCGACCAACUGGCGGAGCCCAUGUCUCUGCCUCCUGUGGAUUCAGUUCCAGAACCCAUAGCAUGUUCCCCUCCACCAGUUCCUGAGUCACUUCCUUCCUCCACUCCUGUCGAUCAGGUCCUGACAAACGGAAACGCUACAAAUGGUACUGCAAAUGGUCAUCCGCAUUCUCCUGUCGCUGACCAAGGGGAGGAAGAACAUCCGGCUGAUGUGCUACCAGGACAGCCCGUUAAACAGGUCCUCACAGAAUCAAACGAGGUGCGACAAGAAGAUACAGUCAAAGAUAACGACACAGCAGUAAAAACUGAGGCUGCUGUAGUGGAGGAAUAAUUUUCAUCUCAACCAGACACCAUUCAAGAAACAAGAACAUUUUUAAUUGCAAGUUUAAAAUAGCAGUAUGCAUCAUUCCUGGCAGUGAGACACGAAUAUAUAAGACCAAUAUGGAAAACUGAGGAAAACUUGUACUGCCAAUUUUGAUCAGUAAUUAUAGAAAUGUACAUUGCACGUCAAAUGUAUGCAAGAUUUUUAUUUUUUAAGCAUUCUCGUGUCAUGAUUUGAUCCAUAUACCCCAUAACUUAUGGAAUAUAUAAAUACACCAGAGAAAGCCUUAUUCGUUUGUCAAAAGUAAAAUUAAAAAUCGAGCUAUAUAUAAAGUUCAACCCAGGCUGAGAUCACACCGCAGAUUUUAAAAAGUUUGCAUACUUUUGGCUGGUGCUGUGUCCGCCAACAAAAUAUAUAUUAUUGAGAAAUUUUUUAAUACUCCUUGUAUCUAAAAUAUUUUAUAUUGUCCUUAGUCAAGCCUUCGACAGUUUUUUAUAUGUCGUUGUUAACACAGCGACUUUUUUAUCGUAUACAAUUGUAAAAUAAAAAGUUAGCGUAGUUUUAUGGGUAAUUUUAGGCGAGCUUAUUUCUGUUUGUUUCUCUUUUCUCAAUACGUAAAUUCAUGUACCAUUUUUUAUGAAAAAAAAUACAGCUACGAAGAUUCGAUGUCUGCAUUUCUUUUGUAAGUAUAUUAUUUUAGCUUAGAUUAGAUACAUAUCUUAAUAAUGGGAAUAAAAACAUUCAAAAUCGUCCAGGCAGUUCUCUUUCUGUAUAUGCAAAAAAUGAGAGGCGUUUUGAAAAACGUACAAAAGUUCCCGUGGUUUUUGAGAUUGUCUGAAUGUAAAAUUUUUAACAAGGAUUUUUUAAACUAUGAAUGUGUAGAGUAGAUGUUGGCUCUUUCAUUAUCAAUAGGUUCAAAAUAAUGUUCUUCUCAGAUCAGUAUGUUCAAGAAACAAAUUAGCGUAGUCUUGAAAAUAAUAAUUUCUUGCACUGGUCAGUAGGAGUUUCAAAGUGAAAUGAUGCAAAAUCGACACAUCCUUCCAACAAAGUACACCACACAUUGUUUCAAAAGUUUCUACCCUCACCUGAAGAUGGCCUUAAGUACAAGCUCACUAUUCAUUUGAUGAAUGCUUACAGAACUCGGAGUGUAUUUCUCCAGGUAAGAUAUUUUCCAAGAAGGUCAAGGUCAGAUCUGUACCAGCUUUAGACAAGGAGUUCUUUGACCCUUGAUUUGACCUUUAGCCUCACCUCCAUGGUUAUUUCAAGAUUAGGGGCCCUUUUUGACACCGGCAAUCAAAGGCACGGAAAAUUCUGCAUUAAUAAUAUAGUGAUAGCUUCUAAUGAAGCUUAUCAGAGUUAUCGAUGAAAAAAUAUUAAGGACAGGUCUUCAGUUAAUUUUGAGAAACCUUUCAUUGGUGACCUUGGAUUCAACAUUGAGCCUUAUACAGGGUGUUCCAGAAAUAAUACGCCUGAGUGACACGGGAGGUAAAUUGGCUUCAGAUCAAUCAGAUAAAAUCAACAUGACCUUAGUAAAAGUUUUCUAGUUUUCGAGAUAUUGCCACUUAGGUUUUUCAAAAAAUUACUACUUUUUGCUCCAUUUUUGCCUGUUAUGGCUAUUAAGAACUUCUAAGUUAAGAGUUUUUUCCUGGGCUACCAUUAAUAGUUGGUUGAGACAACCGAGUAUUCAUUUCAUUGAAAACUAGCAUGUAUGCUAAAAAAAAUAAUACAUUUUGUUUCAAUGUGAAAACCUUUACUAAAGUUUGACUAAUUACUAGUGAUUGAUGAAAAAAGUUUGUAAGAACAAGUCUUCAGUAACGUUUAACAAAACUUUUAUUGGUGACCUUGGAUUCAACUUGAACCUCGCCUUUAAAAACUCAUUAUAAAGACAACUUAUUUUCUAAACUGAGAACCCCUAUUUGACACCGGCAAUGGAAAAUUUUACCUCCCUAAUAUAUUCUUAUAUACUACUAUUAGGACCUUGAAGCUGAGACUUGCGAUCAAAUACAACACCUUAUUGAUUUUGUCAAGAGUAAUCCUGCCAAUCUGCUAGGACUUUACCCUAGGGUCGCACAUUUGAGCUCCAUUUUAUCUUUAGCAGUGAUUUCAAUAUAUAGUCUGACAGAUUUUUCUAUUCUUUCCAUUGCCAUUGUCUAAAAACGGGCUUUAAAAUACAAAACAAGUGAUCUUGAAGCUGAUGCUUAAUUUCAAAUCCAAGGUCACCAUUGAGCUCCUCCUUGUUCAAAGUUAGUAAAGCCCUUUUUCAAAAAUACCAAACCUGCAAAAAUACAGAGUUGCUUCUUUAAUGACUUUUGUAAUAUUGUAGCAAUGUGUUGACCAUCCAGUUGAACUAAAAAUGACAUUAUUAUGAAUCCCUUGAUAUUGUAUUUAUAUAAUAUACAAACGCUUUGUGUAUUUUUUUCGCUUUUGAUAGCUAUGUCACUAUUGUUUCAUCACUUCACUUUUUUUGGAAACAAAACUCGCUCUUUGUUUCCCUAUUUUAACGCCACCCCGAAUGUGCUUAAGAAGAACUUAAAUGUAAAGUCAUAUUCUCCCUUCUUCGAUCAUCAUACUUUAAAUUUAAUUAUUUUUUAGCCCUAAAAGCCUAUGAACGUUCCAAGCAAACCGACAAAGCCAUCAGUUUCAUUCGGUUCUCAGCAAACAACUUUGUGAGGACACUUUUCGCGCGUCUGCAAAAAUAAACACUUGUGCACAGUGUUUAGCACCUGUACAAGUGGUUUCUUGUAAAUAAUUUUGUUGACAAAAUAUUAAUUAGCGUUGUAAAAAAAUGUCAUUUGAUCAAAGUUUGGGAGUGGUUUCUCUCAAAAUAACUGAAAAAGUACAACCCAAAAUCAAAAAUUCUUGUUACACGUUUUGAUACUCAAUUUUUACAUCUGAUAGCAAUAUAGGGUAGGAUGAAAUCAAAAAUUUUGAUACUCCUGAGGUUUACUCCAGUUUUUUAUAUGACGAGGUUCCUUAGUGCAUAGAUGGCUUACAACAUACGAGUAGACAAAAAUUUACUGAGAAGAUUCCUGGUGAAAAUACUACCUCAAAGAAGUGUAGUAUAGGUAGGUAUAGGUUUAAGAAGAAAAAUGUUUUAUAAAACAUCAAAAAAGUGCACAAAUUUCACUCUUCUUUGCCAAAUGAUAUACGAGUAACAAACUGUGAUAUUAAGCAUCAAGUAACUGAAUUAAAAUCACUUUUCACUCUUCUUCAUCUUAGGCACAUUCCGAUUUGCAAAAUCGCACCUUUUAAUCAGUGCUUUUUUGAGAAGAGUAUCGACCAGUUGUGCCCAACAAAAAACUGAAAGAGUAACUCUAGAAACCACUGUGUUUGAGGUUUUUAUUAGCAUGGAACAAUUGUGAGCUAGCAUUUCCUAAAUGUAUGGUUGGUCAAGAAAAUCGCGAAAAAAAUCUGUACAUUACACAACGAAAUUGAAUUUUUCGACUUGUUUGGCUCUCAAAAUUUUAAUAUGUUAGCAUAGUUCUUAAGCAAAAUAUAGUUUUGAUUAUGUUCAAACUUAAAACUAUAUUAUUCUUUUUUGCGGAAAGGUUCACAGCUCUUUGAUAUUUCGCUAAUUUUUCCGACUUAUCAAAUCGGCUGUGACUAAGUUAAACCAUAGAAAUAAUAAAAAUCUCUCCAUGUAUGUGUGAAUGUGUUUAUAAUAUAAAUAUAUAAACUAGAUAUAUUUUUGUCUUAUUUCUUCAACCAAACCCAAAAAUAAAAUAGAAAGAUCCAUUGAUUCUAGCAUGACUGGGAUCAGAUUCGUAAUCUACGCACUCAACUAAUCAAGAAAAGAAACUUAAUUUCGUCGAUAUUGCAGAUACGAAAUUUUUCUUAAAAGUUUCCUUAGAGUGACAAGUCCUUACC